CACAGAGUAAGCCUCCGGCAGGGUAGAGAGACAACUCCCAACCGGAAGUUACUGUUGAAGCUAGAGCAGCCAUAAUUGAUGGUGGCAGCAGGAGUAUUUCCUAGCUUCCUGUUUCCAGUGUGACGUAGACUUUUCCUCCGCUCACUCUCACCGUUACCCGGGGCAACAGCUGAGACGUCGGCGAAGGGAUGCACCCUUCCUUGCAUAGGCUCGAAUCGAACUCUCCAUCAUCUUGAUCGUUCCAGAUUGGACGCCUAAAGCUACAAGAAUAAGACCAAAAUUUUCAGGAAAGAGUUACUGUAUCCAACGGCCCAGAUAUGGCAGAAGUGAAGUCAAUGUUCCGAGAAGUUCUUCCAAAACAAGGGCAGUUGUCUGUGGAAGAUGUAACCACAAUGGUGCUGUGUAAACCCAGGAUUUUACCCUUGAAAUCUCUGACUCUGGAAAAACUGGAGAAAAUGCAGCAAGCAGCACAAGAUACAAUUCGCAAACAAGAAAUGGCAGAAAAGGAACAACGGCAAAUAACCCACUGACCAAUAACCUAGCACUCUAGAGAAGAUACUCCCUUUCAAAUUACUUAAUAACAAAAAUAUUCUACAUCUCUAUGCUGAAAAUAGUAUUUGCUAAUAAAACUGAAUAUUCCUUUAAGUAAAAAUAAAGAUCGGAGACACUUGUUAAACACUAGUAUGUAGUAAAUACAAACUUGGGACAUUUCAUGAGAUUUCUCUUUUACUCCAGCCAAGUUUUUAUAUUUUAAAUUACCACUUACCAUUCCUAGCAAUUUUGCAUAGUAAGUGACUAAAGGUAACUUUUAUAUAGAAAGGGUCUUUACAUAUUUCUUUAAAAACCUGAAUUUUAAGGUACAUUUUAACAUGCAUAGUUAUGUUGGGCUUUCAAAUUACCUAAUAAAAAUCAAAAUCAUUUUUAAUCA